UCUGUCCUCGAAUCCCCAAACCCCAAUUUCAUCUGUACUUCAUAAACCCUAGAUUUUCCCCGACGUUUUUCAUGGAUUAUUUCAAGAGUCUCCCCGUCGAGAGUACAUUAGAUAUUUUAACCCGCUUGCCAACAGAAUCGGUUCGAGAAUGCAAAUUAGUCUGCUCAAAUUGGAGAAAUCUUGUUCCUAAUCAUCCAUCAUUCAGUAAAAUGCACUUCCAUUAUGUCAAUCAUCCUUCUGCUGCAGCUCAUAAUGAUUCUGGAAUAUUUGUGUUGAACAUCAACAUAGAAGUUUACAUCUACACUCUAGGCAGUGUAAAUGGUUGGAGAAACCUUGGGAAGUUCAGUGUUGGUUGCGGCAGAGAAUGGGAUCAAUGUGUCUUUGCCAAUGAAGCUCUUUAUUGGCUGGACACUAGUUUGGGAAUGAUCAUCAAUUUUGAUUUGGCUGAGGAAAAGUUUCGUGAACAUUUGUCACCACCUCCUUCGCCACAAGACUGUUAUUGGUGUGAUACUAAGAUAGGGGUUUUGAAUGGGGUUUUAUCUUUUGCAAUUAGUCUGGAUGUCGAAGGAGACAAAUUUAAUGACAUAUGGCUACUGAAAGGGGAAGAGGAACAUCAGUCAUUGGUUUGGAGUAAAGAGAUUAAGGUUGGUUACUAUUAUCUCAACUUUUACGAUGUAAAGACUUCAAUCUCGAAAAAGCUUGUGAAGUUUGAGAGAUGGAUCUAUCGAGUAUCUCCUCAUCAGAACACCUUAGUUUCAUUGAAAGAAUUAGGCGAAGAAGAUACAAAUGUAAUGGAGUCAGUUGAAAUUGAGGAGACCAGAAGGCUUGAGUAUACUUUUUAAGUAGCCCCAGGAGGAUGCGAAACCUAAAACAUUUUCUUAUAGACUGAUAUUGCCCAGGUAGCUUAAAUGUGCAAAUCUCAUUUGGUGGGAUCUUAGCUGUAUGCAAACUGUGUUGCUAAACAAGGUUUAUUUUCCAUUUUCUUGUUUCUCUACUUUUUUGGCAUGAUAUCACCUAAUGGAAGCUCUGAAUAUUUAUAGUUACAGUUAGGAAGGAUAUUCAGUAACGCACCAGAUAUACUAAAAUGAGAAAACCACAUUAUUUGGAUUUCUAUUCAGAUGUGCUACCCUGAUGUAUGAUUAUCCUUCUGAUAAGUUCCAAAUUUUCGUGAUUCUAAUUUCUUAUAGGAGUUAAAUUUAUUAUUGUGUUUACUAGAAAAUCAGAAAUCUUUUUGUAUGUGAUUUUUACCAUAUGAAUAUUCUUUUCUUGGAAGCAAUGAACUUCACAACACAACUUAAUUUGGCAAAUUGCUUUGACCGAAAUAAAUACCAAUGAACAAGCCAAAUGAAUGUUUAGCAAGACCAUCUACUGUUUUCCAGAAAUGGGUGACGUAGACCAGUUUUUAGUACUGCCAUGAUAAAAGAAGAUCCCUGUAAGAGAGAGUCAGUUCCUAGUCAUGGUACAAAAACACUUUGUGUCCCCUAGGUAGAUUAUCUUACUAGAAUUUGCGUCACUUAGUUCAGUUUUCAAAAUUUUGUGAUUGUGGAGAACUAUGUUUUUACAUUUGACAACUU